AAGUUAAAAUUUGGGGGUGCUGAUUCAGUAAGCAUGGCAACUCAGGUGAUGUGAUUACCUUGUAGGGGCAUGGACUUUCAGGCAGCUAUGACAGCAUGUCAAAUGGCAAAGUCUAAAACACUACACAAUAUAUUUGCAUUCAUGACUGGUUGUUCAUAUUCAGCCAGUCAUGAAUGCAAAUUCCUUUCAACCAAAAGCAGAAGUUGUUCUUUACAGACUUACAGACUUAUCCUAACAGAGGAACCAACCAGUUCUUCAUUGAAGAUGCACGGAGGAGUAAUUUGAGCGGUACAUCUCUGUCUGCAAGUCAGACAGAACCCAACAGAGCGACUGUAACCAUGGCAGAGGAGGAGGUUAACUACGCUUCGGUUGUAUUCAAAAGUAACCAACAUCCUCCACCCCAAGCUAGAAAGGAGGAGGAAACUGUGUACGAUGAAGUGAAGGAGAAGAGUAAUACAUCUGAAGAAACUGCUGACACAAACGCUAAAAAGGAGGAAACUGUGUAUGAUGAAGUGAAGGGACGGAGUGAGACAAUUGAAUUAACUGCUGACACAAACGCAGGAUUCUAUCAAGACAAGACAGCAAACAGAUGUUGUAAUGUCCAGUAUCAGCGGCUGGCCUGUUGUUUGGGGAUUCUUUGUGUCAUUCUGCUGUCGGUCAUCAUAGCAGUCGUCGUCCUCUACCACCUUUCUACAGUAAGUCAUCAGAGUGAUGAAAGUGGGCUGAUGGCUUCCAAUCGCAACCUGACAAACCUCAACAACAAACUCAUCUUAGACAAUGAAAAGACGAUGAGGGACAACAACAAUCUGACAGUCCAGUUGGACAACCUGACACAAAACUAUGUCUUAGAAAGCAAGAUCACAGACCUGACUACACGAAACCAGCAGCUGGAGACCCAAAACCAGCAGCUGGAGACCCAGAGGAACAACUUAACAGAACAAAUACGAGACCUGGAGACAAACUGGAAUAAACUCAACGUCAGUCGAGCUCAGUGGAGCAUUGAUGCCUACUGCCCCAAAGAUAAAGGGAGACGGUGUAAAGCCUGUCAGGAGGGAUGGGAACUCACCGAGCCCAGCUGCUAUGAGGUUAACAAUGUUUCUUCUGAUCAGAAAACCUGGGAAGAAGCUCGAGAAGACUGCAGAGGAAAGGGUUCAGAUUUGGCUGUUUAUACUAAAGAGGAACAUGGCGUAAUCAGUAAAUACAGCGUGAGUAGUUCAGGAACUGAUGGAUACUGGUUUGGUCUGAGAGCUGAAGGAGGGAGAUGGAAGUGGGUUGAUGGAAGUGAUCCAAAUAAAACUAAGUGGACACCACACAAUCCUCCUACUGACGGUCAGUGUGUAAUGUCUGUCCAGAACGCAGCAUGGCAAUCAGUGAGCUGUACUGAGAAAAAAAGAUGGAUCUGCAAAAUGAAGGCUUUAUCUGUUUAAACACAGCAGUCAGACUCUGCAUGAUCAAAUAUAUAUCAAA